UCCCCGCGUACUUCCGUCCAGCGCUCCGCAGCCUCCCGCCACCGGAGCCGCCCAGGGAGGAUAGCCUUUGCACUGGAAAUGUCAGAACAAAAAUUCCUAGCAAGGAGUUGAUAUCCCAGGAUAGGUAAGGGACACCACUGGGAUCAGACCUGUGAUUUCAUUGAUUUAAGGAAUUCCUGGAUGAGGAAAUUCACAUUAUUAAAAAGUGAAGAAGUUAAUUGAAGUAUCAUGGAAGCUACAGUAAUAUUACCCAUUCUGAAGAAAAAAAUAGCCUUCCUUUCUGGAGGAAAGGACAGCCGAAGCGGCCUCAUUCUGACCAUUCCAUUAUGACUUGAACAGACAAAUAUGGAUGAGUUGAGUGUUACUUUGGACUAUCUUCUCAGCAUUCCAAGUGAGAAGUGUAAGGCUAGAGGAUUUACUGUGAUAGUGGAUGGCAGAAAGUCACAGUGGAAUGUGGUAAAAACAGUUGUCUUAAUGUUACAGAAUGUUGUUGCAGCUGAGGUAUCACUUGUUUGUGUAGUAAAACCAGAUGAAUUUUGGGAUAAGAAAGUUACACAUUUUUGUUUUUGGGAGGAGAAAGAUAGACUUGGCUUUGAGGUUAUUUUAGUGUCAGCUAACAAAUGAACCCGAUGUAUAGAACCAUGCCAGUUAACAGAAGAUUUCGGUGGAAGUCUUACCUAUGAUCACAUGGAUUGGCUAAAUAAGAGACUGGUCUUUGAGAAGUUUACCAAAGACUAGUCUUUACUAGAUGAGCUUGCUUUGAUCAACAAUGGAAGUGAUAAGGGAAAUCAGCAAGAAAAAGAAAGAUCCAUGGAUUUAAACUUUCUUCCAUCGGUUGAUCCUGAGACAGUUCUACAAACAGGCCAUGAAUUAUUGUCUGAAUUACAACAGCGCCGAUUUAAUGGCUCUGACGGGGGCGUCUCAUGGUCACCCAUGGAUGAUGAAUUGCUUGCCCAGCCACAAGUUAUGAAAUUGCUAGAUUCAUUACGAGAACAGUACACACGUUACCAGGAAGUUUGUAGACAGCGCAGUAAGCGUACACAACUAGAGGAGAUUCAGCAGAAGGUAAUGCAGGUUGUAAACUGGCUUGAAGGACCGGGAUCAGAACAGCUACGGACACAGUGGGGAAUAGGUGAUUCAAUCAGAGCUUCACAAGCUUUGCAGCAGAAACAUGAAGAGAUUGAAAGUCAACACAGUGAAUGGUUUGCCGUGUAUGUGGAGCUGAAUCAGCAGAUUGCAGCACUUCUCAAUGCUAGGGAUGAAGAGGAUCUUGUUGAAUUGAAAUCCCUACAACAGCAGCUCAGUGAUGUUUGUUAUCGCCAGGCUAGUCAGCUGGAAUUCAGGCAAAAUCUGUUACAAGCAGCUCUUGAAUUUCAUGGUGUUACUCAAGAUUUGUCUCAGCAGUUGGAUGGCUUAUUAGGGAUGUUGUGCGUAGAUGUAGCACCAGCUGAUGGAGCAUCGAUUCAGCAAACUUUAAAACUGCUUGAAGAGAAGCUGAAAAGUGUUGAUGUGGGAUUGCAAGGUUUGCGUGAAAAGGAUCAAGGUCUUUUGGAUCAGAUCUCUAAUCAAGCAUCCUGGGCCUAUGGGAAAGAUGUAACCAUAGAAAACAAAGAAAAUGUGGACCAUAUACAAGGAGUGAUGGAAGAUAUGCAACUUAGAAAACAAAGGUGUGAAGACAUGGUUGAUGUUCGAAGGCUGAAGAUGCUUCAGAUGGUUCAGUUGUUUAAAUGUGAAGAAAAUGCUGCCCAGGCAGUAGAAUGGCUAAGUGAACUACUGGAUGUUCUGCUUAAAACUCACAUCAGACUGGGAGAUGAUGCUCAGGAAACCAAAGUUUUAUUGGAAAAGCAUAGAAAAUUUGUUGAUGUUGCACAGAGCAUUUAUGACUAUGGGAGGCAACUACUACAGGCUACAAUUGUCUUGUGCCAGUCUUUGCGAUGUACUUCUCGAUCAUCUGGUGAUACACUUCCCAGGCUGAACAGAGUAUGGAAGCAAUUUCCAAUAGCAUCUGAAGAAAGAGUACAUAGGUUGGAGAUGGCUAUUGCAUUUCAUUCAAAUGCUGAAAAGAUUUUGCAAGAAUGUCCAGAAGAGCAUGAAGCCAUUAAUGAUGAGGAGCAAUUUGAUGAAAUUGAAGCAGUUGGGAAAUCACUUUUGGAUAGAUUAACUGUGCCUGUAGUUUAUCCUGAUGGAACAGAACAGUAUUUUGGAAGUCCAAGUGACAUGGCUUCUACAGCAGAACAUAUCAGAGAAAGGAUAAAACUUGUUAAUCUGAAAAGACAGCAGCUGAGACACCUGGAAGCUACUAUAACAGAAAGCUAAUAGAGAUCACCUGAUGACAAGGAUUCAGUUUUGUAACCUAGCAUGUUGUCUGCAUACUUCAGCAUUUGAAAUAAUUCAUUAAAUGCAUUUCACAGCCAAAAAAAAAAAAAAA